GCCAUCCCUACGCAAGAGAACUGAGUCCUUACUGAAGAGUCCAAAAGAAAGUUGAAUAAAGAAGAGAAAAGGCGGCAGUUCCGAGAACAGUUUAUGCAACCACCAACAGAUUGGACUUGGUAGUUAAAUUCGGCAACCUGAGUACGCGGAGGCGGAAAGAGUCGGAGAAGGAAGGCCAGUGACCGGAGAAAAGAUACAUCGAGGCAAAAUGGAGGCAUUGGGAUGGUGGCUAAUGCUCGUCGGAACCCUUCGAUUAGCCUCCGUCUGGUUCGGUUUCUUCAACAUUCCCAGGCUUAGGUCUGGCGUCUACGGCAAAUCUCCCAUGACUGCAGUUCAUGGAAGGACGUUUGCAGUUUGGACGCUAGUGACGUGCACUCUUUGCUAUACAUGUGCAUUUAACCUUGAUGACAAGCCACUGUACUUGGUGACCUUCUUAUCAUUCAUCUAUGCGCUUGUCCAUUUCUCAACCGAAACCCUUAUAUAUCAGUCCAUGAGCAUUGCUAAUUUGAUGACCGUCAGCAUCUUUGCUGGUACAUCGAUAGUAUGGAUGCUGGUGCAAUGGAACUGACAUCAGGGAAGCUGAGCCUGAUCAUUUUCUUAAAGCGAAAGUACUCCUAGUCGGGGAUGGAGUUCAGGUUUAGUUUCCUGUUUUGUUAUCAGAUCCUUCCUGGUCCGAAGGAAUGGACCUCAGGUUCAAUGAUUUUCACGCUGUGGCCGCUGGUGCUCUGAUUCCUUAGGCAAGGAGGGUCUGUAAAGUUUAGAUUUACAGAGCGGAUGGAUUCGCUAUGGUGAAGUAGUUGUUUUAUGGGUGCACUUGAUUAGGAACUCUGCAGUCUAAGCCAAAGGCAUGCGUAGAAACUAGCAAGAAGUAACUCCACAUGAAUUUAGAUGUUUUCUUAUUACGUACUUCACUGCCGAUGGAUCCCUGUUGUGGUUGCUUCAGCUAAAAUGUUUCUUUGUUCCAGACAUUUUCAACUGUUGUUCGUCAUCGUUACCUUUUCUUUUAAUGGAUCAUUCGUCAC